CUUCCGGCUGGGCAGGGCCGCCAUUCUUCAGUCCCGAGGCUGCUUGGGUGGGCGCGGGCCUGCGGAGACAAGGAGCAACUUUCCAAGUCGUCCAGUUGGCAAAGUGACUCGAGUUGACAGUUUCACGACAAAAGCCGCCAUGACUUCGACCAACAUGUUCCAGGGGCUGGCCACUGGCGCCAAACCCAGCUCCAGGGUGCUGCGGCCUCCAGGCGGUGGCUCCAGUGACCUGUUUGGAGGUUAUGAAGAGGAAGCCCCACAAUCUAGAAGACUAAACAAGAUGGCCUCCAAUGUGUUUGCCCCACCAGAGGAGCCCCAGACUGUACCCAGACGCACCAACCCUCCCGGUGGCAAGAGCAGUGGGAUAUUUGGGGACCCUGACCCUCCAGUCCACCAGCAGAGAGCAGCUGCAGCAACCAGCAGCAUCCUUGCCUCACCAGACCAUGCAGCGCCCCAAAGCCCGAGCAAAGCUCAGCCUGACAAACCAAAGGACAAUCUCACCGUCAGCCCUGAAGCAGAAUCACCAGCACCCGAGGUCAAGAUCAUCCAGGCCGAGGUCAAAGAGCAAUGUGUGUCGGCGGCCAAGGAAGACCCUCCCGCUGAUGUUGCCCCUCCCCCAGAGCCCGCCUCCUCCUCCCCCCCCUGCCCAGGCCCUGAUGAUAUCUCCCUGAAGAACCACGAGCCUCACCUGGGACCCAAGCCCCGCUCGCACAACAGGGUGCUCAACCCUCCCGGAGGAAAGUCCAGUGUGGUCUUCUACUGAUCCACACAACCCCCCCCCCCCUGUGUAUCUUCUCUCAUUCCAGCCCCUCCCCCACUUUUCUCACGGUUGUCUCCAAUGAAGCUGAACAGAUCAGGAGGUCUUGUUCCUGAAGUCAAAUCCAACUGAAACUGCAGAAUACAAUCAUGGGUCAGCAAUGGCCCCCAAAAGGACUGGAGCUCUCAAACUGCACCAGACCACCACCAAGAGCUCCUCAUCCGUCAAAAGCUGUUUCAGGGCAGAAAGUAGCAAGAGUUGACCUUGCCUCCAAGACUCCAAUGUUCCAGCUUUCCCUAAAAAUUGGGCGUUUUUUUCUGCCUCUUUUCUUCCGCCCGUCUGUUUAUGUUUUAAAUUAAAACAGUUGGAGACAGGGAACCCUGGACAAGCUUGUGGCCCACCUGAGUUUCCAGGUGAGCUAUUUAGGUCUCCACCCACUUCACAUUCAAGGUGUUCUGCCCACGUGCCUGGCAGCAAUAAAAUGUUUUUGCAGCCUU